AUCCAGAACACGCACGUGGCGAACUUGCGGUGAAGGCAGUUUGGCCCGAAGAUUUUUCAGCGGCUGGACAACGUCUAGGUUUUCCGAGCAGUUUGGAGUGACCCUGGCGCCAUGAGCGAGAAGAUGGAUUACGAGGUUGAGGUGAAAAAUACUUUCCUCAAUUUUUUCAUCGAGGAAGAUCGCAGCCCGUGCACUAAGACCUGGUCGCUGGGGGACCUGCGACCAAAUCCAAGAAGCUCCAGAGACCGCGAAGGCAAGUCCACUCCUGCUGGUGACGUGAAUCCAGUUCCGCCCAGUCUGGCAAAGCAUCCUCUGAAGUGCAAGCCAUGCGUUUACUUUGCCAGCUCCACAGGGUGUGAUUGGUCUUUGUGUAGUUUUUGUCACUUGAAUCACACUGGCAGCGGACGGCGGCCGCGCAAGCAGAUACGAGAUGCUUACAAGGACGCGCUGAAGUGCAUCGUCGAGAAGCAAGGUGAUCCCAUCGACCGUCGUUUGGCACUUCAAGCUCUUGCAGCCCAAGACAACUAUGUUCGGUUGCUGAUCAUUGGGCAUCUUGAUCAAGAAGCACUUGAUCUGCGGGCCCAAGCACAAUUCUGAGAAGCUUUGCAGGAUGGUCUUUCAAGGGACACCUCAUGGCACAUCCGCACAGCCAGCUGCAUCUCAGGACAGCUUCAAAGUUGGUCAAGAGCGGAACUCUAGCAGGGUCAAGUUUGGACGAUGGCAGCAGGGUAAAUUCUCUCAUUUGUUCCAC